AUGAGGUGCAUCAACUGCGGAAUAGGCGUACAAAGGCUGCAGAGGCGUCUUAUAUCCUCGCUUUCUGCACACCAUCAAACAAAACUUUCACGUUGGUUAACCAGCUCAAACCCAGCUUGUGGCGAGCUGUUGGGCUGUGGCGACCCCACGGACCUGACUGAGAGUCCGAUAAGUGUGACGGAAAAGUGGUUCAAACCCUUUGACAUCAUGACGUCAAUGGAUGGUUGUCAAACGUUGCCUAGAGAUUGUAAAUUUCGUCGUGAAUUGUCAACACGAGUUGGUGUAAUCGUUGGGAGUUGUCAUGCUCACUCAGGAGUCUCAUUGGCGGUGGCACGGGCACUGGGCCGCUCGGUUCCCUAUAAUAUGGUUGAGUUGGGCGGUGCUGGUGUACGUGUCAUGUUCGUGAACGGACGCCGCCUAUUGGGACUGGUCAACUCGAGACUGUCUAAAGUUGCUGUCCCUGAGGGGGCAAGUGGAAUCAGCGAGGGAUGUCGCGUGGUGUUCCACAGGGAUCAGUACUGGGACCGCUUCUGUGAACUAUCGAGCGGCGUCAGCGUGGCCUGUUAUGAUGACGACAGCCAGCGAGCGAUCGGGAUAGGCCUCCACGAGACUAUUAAGGGCGGACAGCGCUCUGGGAAUACGGGAUGA